GAAAACUGUCAAAGUCAGAUGAGUGGGAAAAAAUCUACUUUAAACCUAAGAAAUAAAUUAUUUACCACAAUUUAGAUGCAUUAUAAAAUAAAUUGAAUUAUUUAUGACUUACAAAUAAAAUAUUCUUAUUACAAUGUUUGAAUGGGCUUAUAGUGGUGCUAAUAGAGCUGUGCCUAGAAAUGUUGGUCCUGAAUGUGCAUAUUUUUUAUCGCCUCAAAGGCAAAUAAUCGAAACUAUAAUAGUAACGGCGGUCUGCGUGUACACAAUUAAAAAAACAUACCCAAAGCUGAAGAUUGAACAAGACAUAAAUUAUUUAAAAAGUGAUAGAGGAGGCAAAAGAUUUCUUGUUAUUUUGCUAGCACUUUUGUGGGGUAUGGAAAUUGGCUUUAAAUUUGCUUCACGCAGUGUUAUAUAUUUACUGAACCCAUGUCAUGUUACCACAUUAAUUCAAAUCUAUUUAUUGGCGGCUCCACCCAGCAAAACUGUUACAGCAUUAUUUAGAAUUCAUUUAAAUUUAUUAAAUGGACCGUUACUGGCAUUCUUAUUCCCAGAAACAGCUUCGAGACUAAUAUUCGCAGAGGCUUCAUUAUAUUGGAUUCAACAUGGAAUGAUGUUUGUCAUACCUUAUUAUCUUUUGAGAAUCGGGGGUGUGUAUAACGUUGAGCCUUUUUGGGACUUCAACUGGUCUAUCUUCAGUUAUUGUCUCAAUUUAUUAUAUCACUUCAUAAUUCUUCAAGUUAUUGCAAUUCCCGCCCAAGUGAAUUUGAACCACAUGCUGUGUCCAGCAAUACUAGAUCCCUUUGAUGGGCCAUGGUAUCGCAUAGCAGCUGUGGUACACCAAGCUGCUCUAUGUCCGCUACUAUGCAAGUUAUUCUGCUUCACAGCUGAUUUUUGCCUCACUAAAUUCCCACCUACCAAAGUGAAACCACGUAUGGGAGAUCAUUUAAAUGACAAGAAAAUAGAUGAAACUAAAUAGUGACCAUAACAUGUAUUUUAUUUAGUUUAAAUUAUGUAUUAUGCCAUUCUAAGCCCAUUUAAAGUUGGCCUUUACUUUGUGAUAAUCAUGAACCUCGGUAAUUUAAAGUAUUAAACUCUUAGCUUACAAUUAGAUUGCAAUAAUUAUAGAACACAAUUUAUUGAUAUAAGAAUAAGCUGUUCAGUCCAAACAAAUAUUUGACCGCCUAUUUUUAAGAUUUCUUUCUAGUCAUAACAACUGCAUGGUUAAUAAAAAUUAUACUGGUUAGUAUAUUCCACAAUCACUCUUAUGACAUAUAGGAUAUAGAAAUACAUAUAACAAAAAUUUCAUUAAUACUAAUGUAAUUGAAAGUGGCUUUGCAAUUAUCACAAUGAAAUUAAAAUGUUACUAUACCAUUAAACAAGAACACAAA